AUGGAUCUUGUCCAGGCCCUACGUCGGUCCAUGAAGGGUGAGAGGCACAAGACCCAAAACUCCAUCAGUUCCAAAUCCGCCAUCGCCAUCGUGCCGCCCAAAAAGGUCAUACGAGCCAACGACGACUACCAGCCCGAUGACGCGCUCGUCCAGAGCUUCGCCAAGGCUGGCUACCAGGUCCUAGGCUUCUCCAAGGGCGAUUUCUUCCACGUCAUCGGCCGCGAGGACGACUCGAGCUGGUACGAAGCUUGCAACCCCUCCCUGCCGGAUGCCCGUGGCCUCGUCCCCGUCUCCUACUUCCAGGUCCUCGGCCGCACCGAGCGCGACAGCUCCCAAUCCGACGGUGGGGGCAGACCGCCCGCCAAGAUGCCCGAUCACGACUCCGGCUACGGCGAAGCCUCCCUCCAGCCGGGGAACCGAGCGAGCUCGAAACCAUCCAAGUCGGGCGGCAUCGUCAGCGCCAAGGUCAAAUACUACUUCGAAGCCGCCCCGGGACGGCCGGACGAGUUGACGGCCGACGAGGGCGAGGAUCUCAUCAUCAUCGCCCAGUCCAACAAGGAAUGGGUCGUCGCCAAGCCCAUCCGCAGACUCGGCGGUCCAGGCCUCAUUCCCAUCGGCUUCAUCGAAAUUUACGACGACGACUCGCAUCGAACGAGCCCGCCGACGCCUGCCGCCGAUCCCAUCGAAGCCCUCAGAAAGGCCAACGUGCCGACGGUGGAGGAGUGGAAGAAGAUGGCGGCGCAGUACAAGAAUAGCAGCAUCACUCUCGGCAAGUUUGACGGAUCCAAAACACCGUCGAGCCAGCAGCAGCCGGCCUCCAUCGAGCAGGGCAUGCAGCGCCUGAGUGUUCAGCAGCAGGCCGCACGGCAGAGCGGUUCGAACGGCGCCCAGAACGGAGCGCGGUACCAGUCUGGUUAUCAACACCCGGCCCAGCAGGAUCAACGCGGCUCCUACGCCCAGGGGGCAGCCCAACUGUACGCACCCAAGUGGGCGCGCAUCCCUCGCUACUGCUUUGCCGAGGGCAAAUAUUGGUUCGUCAUCGAGGCCGAGCUUGAGGAUGGCCGCAUCUGGGAACUCUCCCGGUACUACCAAGACUUUUACGACUUCCAGAUCGCCCUCCUCGCCGAGUUUCCCGCCGAGGCUGGCAACACCGGCACCCAGAAGCGCUCCCUGCCGUACAUGCCCGGCCCUGUGAGCUACGUCACCGACGCCAUCACCGAGGGGCGGCUCUACAACCUCGACGCCUACGUCAAGAAUCUCCUCGGCCAACCGACGCACAUUUCCCGAUGCGAUCUUGUCAAGCUCUUCUUCGCACCGCGCGAGGGCGACUACGAGGUCGACGGGAGCGCGAGCAGACAAGAGGACUACAGACUCUCGCAGGGCUCUCGUUCGUCCGCCGGCUCGCCCGCCAACGCCGCCUUGACGCAGUCGAGGAGCAACGCCGACGGGUACGGCUACGGAGGCCUGUCCGCGACACCGCGCCAGGGCAGCACCGCACAGCCGAGUCAAUCUCAGGACGCGGCAGCGGUCAUGAAGAUCAAGGUGCGCUUCAAGGAUGACGUUAUCGCCAUGCGCGUGGCCACCGACAUCGCGUACGACGAGCUUGCCAGCAAGAUCCGAGAACGAGUCAAGGCGUCUCCGUCGGACGACAUGCAGCUGUUCUACCAAGAUGACCAAACUGGCACGAGGCAGAGCAUGAUGAACAAUACCGACCUCGACUACGCCUUGCAACGAAACGAGAAGCUCACACUCCUGGUCGAGGUCGUCUGA